AUGACUAGCGAUGUAAGCAUUCGGUUAAAAGUCGAUGACGCUGCAUUGUCUGGGACGUCCGGACAUUCUUCGAUGCCAUCCUCACCGAAUCAUCACAACCACAAUAGUAUUGGCAACAGUGGAAGCAGUAACUCGCUGAUUACGUCGAUAGCUGCUGUUGCCGGUCUCAAAGCUAAAUCGAAUAAAAUGGAAGAUCUGACGUUGACGGCAAAUGACCUGUUGGUCCCGUUGGACCAGCAACAUAAACGUUCAGCGCCGGACUUAUUUCUGAGUCUCAAUGGAAUGAUGUGUCCUGAGAAAAAGCGACGUCUUAGCACUGGUUCUAGCACGAACCAACAACAUACUAGCACAACGGACGAGUCGAGCAUAAGUGCAAGUAAUAGUAGCAGUAGUAGUAGUAGUAGUAGUGCAGCCACCAGUAUAAAUGAAAUCAAUGAAAUUUACGAGACACUGAUCUCGAACACCAUAUUGGGUCGACAAACGUUGCCUAAGAGCUCGACGCAGUCCUCAACAAAACAACCAUCGUCAUCCCCUUCGUCAGAGACGGCAAACAGUGGCAAACCGCCGGGAAAAGGUGAUUCCGACCUUACCACAGGGGAUACCGAUGAGAAGGACAAUGAAAGUAACAAAACAAGCAACAAUACAGCAACCACUACCUCAGGUUCAGAAGUGUCCAUCAAUCAGCGGGUAAACAACACCCAUCUACACCAUCACAAUCGUCCACCGGAAAAGACUGGCGAUUCACCCGCUAAUACGUUAGAACAAUCCAUCAGUCAACAGCAACCUCCAACGAUAGCUAAUGCCAGUGAACACUUACUGGCGUGGACCACCCGGAUCUCAAGCACAAGGUGA